UUCAUUAGCCAGCUCAUAGAAAAGAUACGUCAAUUUCACAUUCAGGUGCUUAAAAUGUACUUUUAAGGCGCUACAUAAAGUUAUGUGACUAAAGUAUGAAUGAGAGGGCAGACGACGGUGAUGUAGUUGUCACGAUAGGAGUUUGUGCAAUGGCAAAGAAAGCCAUGUCAAAACCAAUGAAGGAAAUUUUGCGAAGAAUGGACAAGUUUCAGCACAUUAGGAUAAUAAUAUUUGACGAGAAAAUGAUAUUAGAUUCACCAAUAGAGUCAUGGCCCAUCUGUGAUGCACUGGUCAGUUUUUAUUCCGAAGGAUUUCCCCUCAAAAAAGCUAUUGCUUAUUCGAAGCUUCGGAAACCAUAUCUUGUCAAUGAUCUUGAGUCCCAAUACAUUUUAAUGGACAGAAGAAGGGUUUAUGAGUGCUUGACGAGAGAAGGUGUUCCAGUUCCGAGAUAUGCAUUUGUUGAUAGGACAUCGGAAAACCCAGUAAAAGUUGUUGAGCUUGACGAUUCAAUUGAAAUUAAUGGUGAGGUUUUUCACAAACCAUUCGUAGAAAAACCUUUGCAUGCUGAAGAUCAUAAUAUCUACAUCUACUUCCCUAGUAGCGCUGGAGGAGGCAGUCAGCGUCUCUUUCGAAAAGUUGGAAAUCGCAGCAGCAAGUACUUUCCACACAGCAAUAUUCGAACAAAUGGAUCGUAUAUGUAUGAGGAAUUUAUGCCAACGGAUGGUACCGAUGUUAAGGUUUACACGGUCGCGGAUGAUUAUGCUCAUGCAGAGGCUCGAAAAUCUCCUGCCUUAGAUGGGAAGGUAGAACGGGAUCACGAAGGUAAAGAAGUUCGCUAUCCUGUGAUACUAACACCUAGAGAGAAAAUCAUUGCCAAGAAAGUGGCAAAAGCUGUUCGGCAGCAAAUCUGUGGAUUUGACCUUCUUCGGGCUAAUGGAAUGUCCUACGUUUGUGAUGUAAAUGGAUUUUCUUUUGUAAAAUCUUCCAAAAAGUACUACGAUGACUGUAGUCACAUUCUCGGUGUGUUAAUUACUCGAAAAAUAGCACCGCGAUUGUGUUUGCCGACUAACUUACCUCCAGGUACGGAUGUAGAUACUCCUCUGGUACCAACAACUUGUGGAGCAAUAAUGGAACUUCGUUGUGUAAUCGCUGUCAUUCGUCAUGGUGACAGGACACCAAAACAGAAAAUGAAAAUGGAAGUUUGUCAUCAGAAAUUUUUCUCAUUUUUCACUAAGUACGCUGGGGGUUGGGCUCGUGAAUUGAAAAUCAAACGUCCUACCCAGUUGCAAGAAAUUUUAGAUAUUGUACGAUCCAUUUUGGAAGAAAUUGAUUCUGGUCAAUGUACAGAUAAUUGUCUUCUUCGAAUAAAGCCAAAGUUUGAACAACUUAAAUAUGUUUUAGAAAUGUAUGGGUCAUUUAGUGGAAUUAACCGUAAAAUUCAGUUAAAAUAUCAACCUCAUGGAAUUGGUAAAGGAUCAAAGAUCGGUUAUUCAAGUAGUAUUCCAAUAUCAUGUGACUGUACUGCCGAAUGUGACAACACCCAACCUUGCUUACUAGUUGUCGCGAAAUGGGGUGGAGAAUUAACAGCCGCAGGCAAGCAGCAAGCAGAAACUCUGGGAAAAGCUUUUCGGUGUAUUUAUCCAGGUGGGGAUGGCCACUACGGUAAAGAUCCUGGUCUUGGAUUAUUACGAUUACACAGUACUUAUCGGCAUGAUUUGAAGAUAUACGCGUCUGACGAGGGUCGGGUCCAAAUGACAGCUGCAGCUUUUGCUAAAGGUUUCUUGGCAUUAGAAGGGGAAUUACCACCAAUCCUUGUUCAGAUGGUCAAGUCAGCUAAUACGAACGGUCUUUUAGAUAAUGAUAACGAUUGUCGUCACUAUCAGCAGAUGGUAAAACGUCGAAUCAAUGAAGUGAUGUCAAAAAACAGCGAUUUCACCGCUGAAGAUAUUUCUACUCUUGUUCCUACUGGCGCACGUUCCAUAAUCAAUGCUAUGCAGUAUGUUGCAAGCCCAUAUAAAGCUUGUGGUCGCCUGUUUGAACAUGUUCGUCUGCUAUCUAAUCGUCUUGCUUGGCUCUCGCGAAGUUCCAAAGAACGCAGUCGAAUACACUUGUAUCAGGGUGAAAGUUGGGACCUAUUGCUCAGGCGUUGGGGAAAGCUAUUAAAAGAUUUUCGAUCUCCUGAAGGAGAAUAUGAUCUUUCUAAAAUUUCAGAUAUAUAUGACAACAUAAAAUAUGAUUUGCAACAUAAUUCUGGCAUUUUGCUAGAAUCUGAAGUGCAAGAUUUCUUCAUGUGUGCAAAGUCGCUAGCUGACAUUAUUGUCCCACAGGAAUAUGGUAUAACAAAAGAAGAAAAACUAGUGAUAGGUCAACGUAUUUGUACUCCACUUAUGCGAAAAAUUUUAUCAGAUGCUCGUUAUACAGAUGUAGAUGAGUGUACACGUUUGCAUGCUGGCCAUCGCCCAAAUCACGGUGAACCUUGUCCCGAUUGUUAUUCAAAAGGAGUUGCUUCGCCAGAACGAUUUGUUCGUAGUCGGUUGUAUUUCACUAGUGAAAGUCAUAUUCACUCCUUACUUACUUGUCUAAGAUAUGGUGAAUUAGCUAAUAUUGUAACAGAUGAACAAUGGAGACGUGCUAUGGAUUAUGUAUCGUCUAUUUCUGAAAUUAAUUAUCUUGCUCAAAUUGUAAUUAUGAUUUAUGAAGAUCCUACUGUGGAACCAAAAACUGAAAAACGAUUCCAUGUUGAAUUACACUUUAGUCCUGGUGCUUUUGCAUUAUGUCACGAUCUUCCUGAAGGGAGUGGUUUUCGAUCUGGAAAAUUGGUGCGUCUGAAUUCUCAAAUGAGCGUAAUGAGUAGCGGUACAUCUGUGGAUAAAGGAAGUUCUGACUCAGUGCCACAAUCAGCAAUCCCUUCUGUUACACCUAUUGUUCCUGCUAGUGAACAAGACAAGAAAGGUCUGUUUGAUAGAUGUAGUAGUAGACAAACAGAACAAAGUAGUGAAUAUCACCAGAAUCUUGGGUCAUUUGACUCAAGUGAAUGUUCAUUCUCGGAAUCUUCCGCUAACGAUAAAGCUUCAGAUUUGUUUCGUUGGAGUUUUGAUAGUGAUAGGAAUACGUAUGAAGUAUUUAAGAAUCAAGCAGAGACGUUUAAGGAUUCCUCUCUUAUCAAGGAAUGUCCAGUUCGCAGGUCACAUAGUGUUCGUUGUAACCUCGCUUCAAAUAAUUCUCGAGAAAACAUUGUAAAUCACGAAGAAACUUUGAUUGUCAAUCACAGAUCGCAAUCUCAAGGUCGUCCUUCUGUUUUGCCAUUAUCACCUGUACCAUCAACCUCUACGCUAGAAUUAACUGGAACUCCUACAGCGUCAAAUACGGAAGUUGGUAUUGGACGAUUCACUGUCACGCGGUUCACUGAUAAUAAAAGUGGUUGGGGUACAACUUUUCCAAGUGAAUCAAAAACUGAUAAAUUAUUAUCGACAUCACCUUAUACAAAUAAACUGAAAACGUACCACCUUAGACAUUUUUCACGUUCAAAUUUCUGCCAACAUUCUGCCCGUAAUAGGUCUAAUUCAUGUCAUCCUGAUGUUUACAGAAGGACAAAUUUAACUACAACCCUAUUAUCAAAACCUAGAUAUUCAUGUAUUUCAAAACUACUUCAAACGACAGGUAAGCUUAAUGAUUUUGGCAAGUUUAAGAAAUAUGAUUAUAAUGAACAACUGUCUUUUGAAUGUUCCUGUUCAAAUACUAAUUCGUCACAUUUCGCUCCUGUAAUUCAAUGGCUUUCAAAGCAGUCAGAACACUUAGUGAAAUCAGAUGAAAAAGGUGACAAUGAGGAUCACAAAUCUAAUCCAAUCAACAUAGAAGACAAGAGAGUUCGGGAAAUGCCUAAAUGGCUAACCUCGGGGACUCGUAAAAUAUACGAUUCAGCUGGUUCAAAUAAUUCUACUAGUUUGAAUCAACAUAAUAGCACAUGUCCUGUCCAUUCAUCAAAAAAUCAAGAUUUAACUUCCACAUCUACUCGAGCUCGUUUAACUCCACUUUCUUCUGAUGAACCGGUGUCUUUCAAUACUAAUGAAUCGACUCAAUUUACAAUGGAUUUACCACUCAAUCAAAUUAAUUCUCAACCAGUCAACAAUUUUUUGUCAUCUGGGGCUGACAGUGGUGUAGAUGAUGAUCCUGUUAUCAAUCAAACUUUGAAUGCUAUCACUUAUCCUAGUCGUCAAAGCCCAUAUCAUUUAGAUAUUGGGCGUCUUGUAAGAGAAUUUCGCUGCAAUAAACAUUUUGUUUGGUUUAAAAAUUUCCUGUUAUUCUGUUCAUGAAACGAUACUUGGAAACAUAUUUUAAAAUAAAUCUAACAAAUAUUUUGUUAUUUUCUGUUAAGCGAUAUUUUCUUUUAAUAAUUUUAUGAUGUAUGAGUCCAACUGGUGCUUCAUUUAGAGAUAUUAACUAACAUUUAUUCAUUCAUAAAAUAUUCAGUAUUAUCUAUAGACUUCAACUUAAUUGAUAUUCCACUUACAUACCUUUUUCUUCAACUGCGACUGAUGUAACUAUAAGUUAGUAUUUCUUAAGCAAAUAUCAUUUGUUUUUUGGUCACGAUAGAGUCACCUGCCAUUAAAUACUAUGGUAAGGAAUAAUCAGUUUUAUUAGUUAAAAAGAUCAUUCACAUUAUAUUUCGACCAAAUCAUGUACAGUAUUUUCAUACUGUCAUCUUAUUUAGAUGAAUCGUGUGUAUACGUGCACAAUUUGGAAUCUUUUUCAUCUGUAUUUUAGAAACUGAACAGAUCUACAGACGUUUCAGUUCUGCAGCCCGUAAAUUAUAUGUUCCAUACAUCCCUUUUUUUCAUUUAUACAAUGUUCGUUGUUUUCACGUAACAUCAUUUGGCAUCAUUUUUGUAUUAUUGCCUGUUUCCAGUUUGAAUUAAUGGUGCAUGGUCUGUUGAUAGAGUACGUUUCAUAUGACCUGGAUUAACGGCUCCUGUUUCAUUAAACUGUCGUAUUUAAAACUCUUUUGACCUAUACUACUGAUUGAUAACGUCGGAAAUGAAUAAAUCACAGAGCUUAGGAAACACUACAUUUUUCAUAUUUUCCAGUGGUUUUAAAUCUUACUCACCCUCGACUGUCACUAUAUUUUUCACCAUGUUCUUAGUGUGGCAUUGAAAUCACGAACUGAUAUAAGUUACAUAAAAGCUGGAACCUGGAGGUACUGGACAGCCAUUUCGUCCCAGUAUUGAGACUCCUCGGCAGUAUGCAUCCACGACCUUACAACGGAAGAUUAGUCUGAGGAUCCAUAGAUCAGUGAACUGGGAUCCAACUGUUUUCAAGUGUAACUUCAAUAAAUUCACGGCAUCGCGUGACCAUCUUCCAUUGACUUAAGUAAGUACUUUUCCAACACCCAAGAGACUUUAGCUCCAUUGAUCACGGCUGCUCACAAGAAUUCCGGAAAUUUCCUCUCGAAAUUAGUCAUUGGUAAGCUUAUGAUAAUUUUCAAUAUAUUUUUGCGGAAAUUGUUUGGCGUCCAUGUGUGAGGCUGUAGGUUCUGAGUUCGAUUCCCGCCUACGAGGUCGUGGAUGCACGUUUCUAGGAUGUCCCAUACUAGGACGAAACGGCCGUCUAGUAUUUUCAGGUUUUCAAUGGUUGUAAUUUUAAUGAAAUUCAACAAUCUUCUUAGGCCCAUUCUGUAAAGUAGUAUAUGUUUUCCCUUACUGGUUUUCGAUGUAAGCAGUGAAUGUUAUAAUUGAUUUUCCUAAAGCCGUUCUUUCAUUUCAAAAUUACUUCUUAAAACUAGCUUAUUGUUUUUGGGAUGAUACAUAUAGUUUGUUUUUCCCUUAUCAUCAGCUGUUAUUAUUAGUCAUACUAUUUUUGUUAGUCGGAACAUACUUUCUCAGGUAUAUUUAUUCAGCUACCGUCAUAUUUGUGCGAAUGCUUUUAAAGCUUCAUACAUUACUUACUUACACUUGGAAGCUUUCUGUUUCAGUAUAUUAACUGUUUACCGCCUUUUGUAAUGCAUUUAUUGUUAUCUUUACACUAAUAACUCAUAACAUUUUGUUUAUUCUACUUUGUGUUAGGUUUCUCUGUUCUUUUAUUUAUUUUUGUAAGGAAAAAGUACGACAAGAUAUAUGACUAUUAAAUAUCUAUGUACUUUUUUUUCUACAAAAAUAACCAGAGUGAUGCUAAAUAGUAUCAGUUAGAUAAAAACGUGUAUUCGAUACUUCAUAAAUUGUUAAUUAAAUAUAACUACAACCGUUAUUAGACAUUUAAUCCCUUUUUGAAAAUUAUACAUGUAUCAUAUAACGCUAAUGGGAAAUGCCGUUUGUAUGUUAACAUUUGAUUUUGUCUGCUUCGAGUAUAAAACAAUAUGUUAUUGUUUGAAGAAAAACGUCAUAUGUGGUGAAUAUCUGAAUGGUUUUUGUUUCUCUUAGCAGCAGAUAUUCUCAUCAUGUUUUAUGAGUUUAUGGUAUUCAAAAAAAUGAUGUGUAUAACAACAGUAUAAACACUUGUACUUCUUAGUUUUUUUUUGUCUAAUCCUCAAAUGUAGUGUAGUUGCUGCGAAAGAAAUUUCGGACUGAAUAUUUCUUUAAUUUUUUGACAUUUUUGAAAUAACUAUGCAUGAUCAUGGAGAGAUUUUCUUUUUAUUAUAGCAUAAGUCAUUAAUAGGUUUCAAGUUUGUUUGUUUGUUUGCUUUUACGUCAUUUUUUAUGUCGGUUUGUCGCACGUCAUUUAUGGAUGCAUGUUGUACCAACCUUUAUCUUCUCAUCUACAGCUAUAAAAAUACUCAAUUCAUUCAUCAAUAUUUUGUUUUAUGUAUUUGUAGAUAACAUACAUUGUUUUGUAUAAAUAAAAUUAUCACCUGAAUACCUAAUUAGUACUUUGAUACUAAUUGUAUGUAAUGUGUGUAUCUACCAGUUUUAGUAAUUCCACAAGAUUAAGGGUUAAUUUGUAGUUUGAUUUCAGUUCUGUAUUUAUUGACAUUCUGGAACAAAUAAGUUUGUGAUUAUCAGUGCAAUUCAAGAUGGACGUUAUUUAAAACCCAUUCAGCUUAAUGUAUUUGAAUCCCAGUGUUGUUAACACUAGGAUUAGGAUUGAGUGCUUUACACUUCAAAAAACUUGGCUAGUUAGUCUAGUCAUUGCCUUGUUCAACAGGUAUGAUAUAUGCAUUAUUACCAGUUAUAUAGAAUCAGUCAGCUCAAGAUGCAUAUGUGCGGUCUGUGAUUGAUCAAAAUCCAUUCCUAAAUAUCAACAAAAGGAUAUCUCUAAACUUUUCUAUUAAUGACAAUUCUAGUUUAAUAGAUCGAUAAAUUAUCCUUCUAUGCAUCAACAUGUUUAUUUAUUUAUUCGAAUAUAUAAACAUUGGUACAAGGAGGCACCAAAUAUAUACGCCCCACACUUCAUCAUUCGAAUUUUGUGAUGUCUGAGAUACAUCCCGGGCGCUCAAACUGAAGCAGGUGGCUUUCUUGCUUACAUAUACAUACGCUCAUUUCGUUUAGCUCAUUCUCAACAUGUACUUUCUUUUAUUUGCUUGUAUUCUUGUAAGUUUCAUUCAUUCUAUUAUUUAUAAUUCACUAAAUAGAUUCAUUUAGUUUUGUAUUUUUUUUAAUAUCACUUUUCUAGCCACCCCACUACACCUCCUCCCUCAAGUUAGCGUUAUCGUUUUACUUGUUAAACACUGAAUUGUUGUACGAUUUCAUCCUUUUUUAAUUUAAAAGUAUAAAAAUUGAUGAGUUACUUACUAGAAAAUAUUCAAUUAGCUCAGAUAAACUUAAGUUCCAAUUUAAUAGUUCAUCAUUUCUUGUUUAUAGCAAUUGAUUGUCUAAACAAAUAAUUGAUAGUUAUUUUCAAGGGCUAUUAGAGAUACAUUUAGUAAAAUGAAGCAAAUACACACAAAAAUGAAAACUAUCUAUCACUAUUUGUUCUUUUUUUGUAGCUGUUGCCUCGGGAGUGCCGUUUGCACCGCCAAUAUGUCGAAGUCUUAUAAGUACAGCGGUUAUACGUGGUUCACGUGAUGAUAACCAAGCAUCUAGUAGUGUUCCUGAUUUCAAGAGAUUAACAGAGGAUAUAAGCGUGGCACCACGAACAUUAACACCUGGAAGCUCUCAAGAAUUUUUGGUUCCCAGUGCUCCAUGUGUCCCAGAAGUUUAUCCCCUGGAAACACUACAUAAUGCUUUGACUUUAAGUCAAUUGGAAGCUUUUCUUGUUCGUUUAACUACUCAUAAGUUUCCGACUCCAUUCACAUCACCGAAACACCCAUCUACUCCUGUAAAUUAUUAUCACCAUCACCAUCAACCUCAGUUAAGUCAAACUACCCUUGAGUCCUUCUCUCAGUAUCAUGACUUAUGUACUAAUCUAUCUUCCUCACUUCCGAAUUCUACUGGAGAUGAUACUGCAACACAGGAUUGUCCCAGUGUUGCUGAUGAAGCCUCUGCUCAACUACAGCAACCUGUCUUAUCAAAUGAAACAUUAAACGUUUUGUCAAUAGUCUCAUCCGCCUCACCGUUUCAUGAAAUUACUUCCAGAAAUGCAGAUGACCGACAGUAAAUCAAAAAUUUCCGACAGCUUUUUCUUCCUUAAUUAACAAAAAUCGAUUUCUUCAUUUAUGGAUAGUUGAAGAAUAUCACAAGUUCACUUUUGCCUCUGCUUCUGUAUACUGUAUGAUAAACAGUUUUCUCCUAAACUUAUAUGAUCCCUUUCAUCUAGAUAUUGAUCUCUAAUUAAGCGAAUAUUUAUUAGUUUUAUUUUGUUGUCAAUAUUUUCUUCGAAUUUUUUCAGUUUGUCUGUAUUAGCUCUUUGUAUAUAAUGGUUUUCUAAUAUUGCCUUUUUAUUUUGUGUACUUAUAUUCUUUUCUGUUAGUUAUUCAAUAAUAAUUCGAGAAAAAUACAGGUAUUGCUUUG